UGUGCCCCGCGCCGCCUCCGCGCCAGCUCCCGGGCAUCCACUCGGCCUCCGGCCUCACCCCUGCUCUGCCCUCACUGCCUGCCACGGCUCCCCCUUCACCUCCGCAGGUCUCACCUCCUGCCCCCGACCCCGCCAUCCGCGCAGCAUCCCUGCCGGAGCGUGCCCCCGGCAGCGGCACUCCGCGCGCUCUCCUGCCUGAGACCCCGAACCUCCCACUCUUCCCAGGCCCCGGCACCCCCACUUCAGCCUGGGGAUGGCGCCUUCCUUCCUCAGGCCGGCACAGCCCGGCGCUCCCCGACCCCUGGGCUCCGCGGUGCCCGGGACUACUCAGGACCCUGGAGACCUGACGCCUGCUGUGGCCCCAGCCCCCAGCCCGGGCAUCCCGGUUCUCCGGUGUCUGACCCCACCACCUGCUUGGCCACUCGAGGUUUCUUCCUCCUGCUCUUCAGGCCCGAUUCCGCCCCAGACCCACGAUCAGUGUCAAAAAGCAUCAAGACAGAAGAAAGAGGAGGAGAGAAUGGCAGAUUUCUAGCUGGUCCUGAGGAAACGGCACCCCACAGAUGCUCAGCCUCCUGGUUAUUGAAACAUUUUCCCAGAUAACUGAGAGUAACGUGAACGUGGAGAAAUUGCGGUGACUCAGACAUGGAGGACAGAAGACCUCAUCUAGAGGCCAGGCCCAGGAAUCCCCAUCCCAACCACAGAGGACCUGUGGAUGGAGAAUUACCACCAAGAGCUAGAAAUCAGGCCAAUAAUCCACCAGCCAAUGCUUUCAGAGGAGGAACCAACCAGCCUGGAAGACUUCCUAGGGCCAACAACCAGCCUGUUCCUUACCGGCAAAGAGAAGAGAGAUUUGCAGCCAUGGGCAGGAAUCCACAUCAGGGAAGAAGGAACCAGGAAGGGCAUGCCAAUGAAGAUGCUAGAGGCCAAAGACAUGGUCCAGAGAACGACACCAGGCGGAGAACUGGCAACCAGGAGGGUAGGAACCGCAGACCACCGUGGCCCAAUGAAAACUUCCAACACAGGCGGACCCCCCAGAAGCCUGCAGAACAGCCACAGCAGGUGAAGAAACUGGGCUACAAGUUCCUAGAAAGUCUUCUCCAGAAAGACCCCUCUGAAGUGGUCAUCACUCUUGCUACAAGUUUAGGGCUAAAAGAGCUCCUAUCUCAUUCUUCCAUGAAACCCAACUUCCUUGAGCUCAUAUGCCAGGUUCUUCGGAAGGCUUGCAGCUCCAAGAUGGACCGCCAGAGCAUUCUCCAUGUACUGGGCAUAUUGAAAAACUCAAAAUUCCUCAAAGUCUGCCUGCCUACUUACGUGGUAAGGAUGACCACUGAGCCUAUCCCUGACGUUCGAAACCAAUAUCCAGAACACAUAAGCAACAUCAUCUCCCUUCUUCAGGACCUCGUAAGCGUCUUCCCCGCAAGCUCCGUGCAGGAAACUUCCAUGCUCAUUUCCCUCCUGCCAACUUCUCUUAAUGCUUUAAGAGCCUCUGGUGUUGACAUAGAAGAGGAGACAGAGAAAAACCUGGAAAAGGUCCAGACCAUUAUCGAACAUCUGCAGGAAAAGAGGCGAGAGGGCACUUUGAAAGUGGACACCUACACUCUAGUGCAGCCUGAGGCAGAAGACCAUGUUGAGAGCUAUCGGACCAUGCCCAUUUAUCCUACCUACAAUGAAGUUCACUUGGAUGAGAGGCCCUUUCUUCGCCCCAACAUCAUUUCUGGAAAAUAUGACAGCACUGCUGUCUAUCUGGAUACUCACUUUCGUCUCCUACGGGAAGAUUUUGUCAGACCUCUACGGGAAGGCAUUUUGGAACUUCUCCAAAGCUUUGAAGACCAGGGCCUGAGAAAGAGAAAGUUUGAUGACAUUCGAAUCUACUUCGAUACCAGAAUUAUCACCCCUGUGUGUGCGUCAUCGGGCAUUGUCUACAAGGUGCAAUUUGACACAAAGCCACUGAAGUUUGUUCGCUGGCAAAAUUCCAAGCGCUUGCUCUAUGGGUCCUUGGUGUGCAUGUCCAAGGACAACUUUGAGACGUUUCUUUUUGCUACUGUGUCCAACCGGGAACAGGAAGACCUCUGCCGAGGUAUUGUCCAGCUCUGCUUCAAUGAGCAGAGUCAGCAGCUGCUAGCAGAGGUCCAGCCCUCUGAUUCUUUCCUCAUGGUGGAGACCACUGCAUACUUUGAAGCCUACAGGCAUGUCCUGGAAGGGCUCCAGGAGGUCCAGGAAGAAGAUGUUCCCUUCCAGAAGAACAUUGUGGAGUGUGACUCUCAUGUGAAGGAGCCACGGUAUUUGCUAAUGGGGGGCAGAUAUGACUUCACCCCCUUAAUGGAGAACCCCUCAGCUACUGGAGAAUCUCCAAGGAAUGCUAAGGGCUUGAGACGUGCUGGAAUUAAUAUCCUAGACCCUAACCAGUGGCCCUCCAAAGAAGCCCUAAAGCUAGAUGACUCCCAGAUGGAAGCCUUGCAGUUUGCUCUCACGAAGGAACUGGCUAUUAUUCAAGGACCUCCUGGAACAGGCAAAACCUAUGUUGGUCUAAAAAUUGUUCAGGCCCUUCUAACCAAUGAAUCUGUUUGGCAAAUUAGCCUCCAGAAGUUCCCCAUCUUGGUAGUGUGUUAUACGAAUCAUGCUUUGGACCAGUUCCUGGAAGGCAUCUACAGGUGUCAGAAGACCAGCAUUGUGCGGGUGGGCGGAAGGAGCAACAGUGAGAUCUUGAAGCAGUUCACCCUCAGGGAGCUGAGGAAUAAGCGGGAAUUUCGCCGCAACCUCCCCAUGCACCUCCGGAGGGCCUACAUGAGUAUCAUGACACAGAUGAAGGAAUCAGAACAAGAACUGCAUGAAGGGGCCAAGACCCUGGAGUGCACCAUGCGGGGUGUCCUACGGGAUCAGCAUUUGGAGAAAUACAUCUCGCCUAAACACUGGGAAAGCUUAAUGAAUGGACCGAUGCAGGAUAGUGAGUGGAUAUACACACAGCGCUGGAAGCAUUCCAUGAUGCUGGAGUGGCUGGGUCUAGGUGUCGGUUCAUUCACCCAAAAUGUCCCUCCCUCCUUACCUGAGAAUACAGCCCAGGCAGAAGGGGAGGAAGAAGAAGAAGGGGAAGAAGAGGGUUCACUGAUUGAGAUCGCAGAAGAGGCCGACUUGAUCCAAGCAGACCGGGUGAUUGAGGAGGAGGAGGUGGUGAGACCCCAGCAGCGGCGGAAGAAGGACGAGAAUGGGGCCGACCAGGAGUUGGCUAAACUGCUUCUGGCCUUGCGGCUAGACCACUACAGCCCUGGGACAACAGCUGGGCAGGAGCAAGCCGAAGGAGAGUGGGAGACCCAGCGCAGCCAGAAAAAGAAAAUGAAGAAGAGAGUGAAGGCUGAGCUUCGCAAACUGAACACCAUGACUGAGGCCGAGGCCAAUGAGAUCCAAGACGUCUGGCAGCUGGACCUGAAUUCUCGCUGGCGGCUUUAUAGGCUAUGGCUGCAGAUGUACCAAGCUGACACCCGCCGGAAGAUCCUCAGCUAUGAGCGCCAGUACCGCACAUCAGCAGAAAGAAUGGCUGAGCUGAGACUCCAGGAAGACCUGCACAUCCUUAAAGAUGCCCAGGUCAUAGGAAUGACAACCACAGGUGCUGCCAAAUACCGCCAGAUCCUGCAGAAGGUGGAGCCUCGGAUUGUCAUUGUGGAGGAGGCUGCUGAGGUCCUCGAGGCUCACACCAUUGCCACCCUGAGCAAAGCUUGCCAGCACCUCAUUCUGAUUGGGGACCACCAGCAGCUACGCCCCAGUGCCAAUGUGUAUGAUCUGGCCAAGAACUUCAACCUUGAGGUGUCUCUUUUUGAACGGCUAGUGAAAGUAAACAUUCCCUUUGUCCGGCUGAAUUACCAGCACCGCAUGCGCCCUGAAAUUGCCCGCCUUUUGACCCCCCACAUUUACCAGGAUCUGGAGAAUCAUCCCUCUGUUCUCAAGUAUGAGAAGAUUAAGGGGGUCUCUUCCAACCUCUUCUUUGUAGAACACAACUUCCCUGAACAGGAAAUCCAAGAAGGCAAAAGCCAUCAGAACCAGCAUGAGGCUCACUUUGUGGUAGAGCUGUGCAAGUACUUCCUGUGCCAGGAAUACUUGCCGUCCCAAAUCACCAUUCUCACCACCUACACCGGGCAGCUCUUCUGCCUGCGCAAACUCAUGCCAGCCAAGACAUUUGCCGGCGUCAAGGUGCAUGUCGUGGACAAAUACCAAGGGGAAGAAAAUGACAUCAUCCUCCUCUCACUGGUGCGGAGCAAUCAGGAAGGCAAGGUGGGUUUUCUCCAGAUACCCAACCGCAUCUGCGUGGCCUUGUCCCGAGCCAAGAAGGGCAUGUACUGCAUCGGAAACAUGCAGAUGCUGGCCAAGGUGCCCUUGUGGAGCAGGAUCAUCCAUACCCUUCGAGAGAACGAUCAAAUAGGCCAGACGCUCCGGCUCUGCUGCCAGAACCACCCUGACACUCACACCCUAGUAUCCAAAGCUGCUGACUUCCAAAAAGUGCCCGAAGGAGGAUGCAGCCUGCCUUGUGAGUUCCGGCUGGGCUGUGGGCACGUCUGCACCCGUGCCUGCCACCCCUAUGACCCCCUGCACAAGGAGUUCCAGUGCAUGAAGCCAUGCCAGAAAGUCAUCUGCCAAGAUGGGCACCGGUGCCCCCGUGUCUGCUUCCAGGAGUGUCAGCCAUGUCAGGUGAAGGUGCCCAAAACCAUUCUUCGGUGCGGCCAUGAACAAAUGGUCCCUUGUUCCAUGCCUGAGUCAGAUUUCUGCUGCCAAGAGCCCUGCCCCAAGAUCUUGAGAUGUGGACACAGAUGCAGCCACCCAUGUGGUGAGGACUGUGUGCGGCUAUGUUCAGAAAUGGUCACCGUGAAACUCAAGUGUGGGCACAACCAGCAGGUGAAGUGUGGUCACGUGGAAGACAUCAGGUAUGACCUGCCUGUCAAGUGCACCACUAAGUGUGGCACCAUCUUGGACUGUGGGCAUCCUUGCCCCGGCACCUGCCAUAGCUGCUUCGAAGGGCGCUUCCACGAGCGCUGUCAGAAACCCUGCAGGCGCCUGCUCAUCUGUUCACACAAGUGCCAGGAGCCAUGUAUCGGCGAGUGCCCACCUUGCCAGCGGACCUGUCAGAACCGCUGUGUCCACAGCCAGUGCAAGCAGAAGUGUGGGGAGCUGUGUAGCCCCUGCGUGGAACCCUGUGUCUGGCGCUGCCAGCACUACCAAUGCACCAAACUAUGCUCUGAGCCCUGCAACCGGCCCCCAUGCUAUGUGCCUUGUACUAAGCUGCUGGCUUGUGGCCACCCCUGCAUCGGUCUGUGUGGGGAGCCAUGCCCCAAGAAGUGCCGUGUCUGCCAUGUGGAUGAGGUCACCCAGAUCUUCUUUGGCUAUGAGGAUGAGCCUGACGCCCGCUUCGUACAGCUAGAGGAUUGCAGCCACAUCUUUGAGGUGCAAGCCUUGGACCGCUACAUGAAUGAGCAGAAGGAUGAUGAAGUUGCCAUCAAGUUGAAGGUCUGCCCUGUCUGCCAGGUGCCCAUCCGCAAAAACCUGAGGUAUGGAACCAGCAUCAAACAGCGGCUGGAAGAGAUCGAAAUCAUCAAGGAAAAGAUCCAGGGCUCUGCAGGGGAAAUCGCAGCCAGCCAGGAACAACUUAAGGCCCUGCUGGAGACGAAGAACCUCCUCCAGCAGCUGCUGCCUGCUGACUUCUUAAUGCUGAAGGAGAAGCUGGACCAGAAGAAUCUGUCCGUGAAGGACUUGGGCCUUGUUGAGAACUACAUCCACUUCUAUGACCACCUGGCCAGACUGUGGGAUUCCCUGAAAAAGGUGCAUGUCUUAGAGCAAAAUAAAGUGAGGACUCGACUUGACCAGGUUCACGAGUGGCUGAAUAAAACACGGUUGAGCUUCACCAGACAGGAACUGAGUGACCUCCAAAGUGAAAUCCAGAGGCUUACGUACCUGGUGAACCUCCUGACCCGCUGCAAGAUGGCAGAAGGGAGGGUAAAAGGUGGCAUAGCAGAAGAGGUCCAUAGUCUCCGGGUCAUCCUUGAGAGAACAUGUAAGUUCACCCAAGACGAUGAACGGCUUGUGCAGAAAAAGAUGGAAGCUUUGAAAGCCACCCUUCCUUGCUCUGGCCUGGGUAUCUCAGAGGAAGAGCGAGUGCAGAUUGUCACUGCCGUGGGUCUUCCUCGCGGCCACUGGUUCAAGUGCCCCAAUGGCCACAUCUAUGCAAUCGGCGAUUGUGGGGGAGCCAUGCAGAGGGCCACUUGUCCUGACUGUAAGGAGGUGAUUGGUGGCACAAAUCAUACUCUGGAAAGCAGCAACCAGCUUGCUUCUGAGAUGGACGGAGCCCAGCACCCUGCCUGGUCUGACACGGCCAACAACCUGAUGAACUUUGAGGAGAUCCAGAGGAUGAUGUAGGAAUACGGCACACCGCUGCCUUUCGCCCCUGCCACCUCACGGCUGGGGACGGCUCCCUUGUGAAGGAACCGAAAUUUGUUUUUACUGUCCUUUAGGCUUAGCACCUAUGUAAGGAUCCACUUUUCGGGCUUGCCCACAUUUGUUUUUAGAUUUAUCCCUGCGCUAGAAUAAGCACUUUACCUCCAAAGCUGAGAGCACAGCUAACAGAUCUCACCUCUUUUUCUCUCCUGCAAGUUAGUGAACAGACUCCCUGGAGCAUGGUUGGGGCUUCCCCCUAGGGCUACCUGUGGCAUCUCUGGGUCCUAACCUGGUCAGAUGUUUCUUCUGCAGUUGCUCGGGGAACAGAACAUGAGCUCAGUGAGGCUGACUGCUUCUAAUUGCCAGGCACUAACUUGCAGACUAACGCUCUCUCGGAACAAAGUGGCCCAGAGGAGUUACAAACUGCUGUCCCUUCAAGGAGCACAAGAAUCCCCCCAGCCCUCCUCCUCGGGCUCCCUCCAGGAGACAGACAUGAUAAAACAAAGACUUCAACUCACCCUGACCCACUUACAUAUUCCCUGAGUGGGAAAAGGACUGCCCACAUCUGGGGGCUUAGGCAGCAGGCCCAGGCUAAGAAGUAACCCCUAAACCCUUUCCUGUAACUUGCUCUUUGGGAUGGUGAAGGUUUCUUCACCUGUCGUGGGAGAGGUUCAGUAUAGUGCUGGCUUCCCUGGGCCCUGAAUGGAGCUGGACUCUCAUCCAGUACCAGCAGCACUUUCCCAAGUGUGAGCCUUUGUCCCAGCACCCUCUCUUGCAGCUUUUGCCUGGGCAGGGUUAGCAUGCCAGCAGCUUCUGUAGGCCCCAGACCCGGACCAGAAGCCAGCCCCCAGGCCUGCUGUCUGCACCCCCACUCCCUCGGUCCAGUGUUCCUUAGACACUUAGGCAUCUCAGGUCCUUUCUAAUGUUGGCGAGAAAACAUCCUUUCCUAUGUACGCAUCCCUUUUUUGUCUUUACUAUGCACUUUAGCCUAUAAAGCCAAUUAAUAAAAACAAUUAAGAAAAUCA